AUGAAUGAGAAGAACCAGACGUGGGUCAGUGAGAUUGUUCUCUUGGGAUUUCAGAAUCUCCACAACUUCAAGGUUCCCCUGUUCUCUCUGUUCCUUCUGAUUUACAUUCUGACAGUUUGGGAGAACGUCCUCAUCAUAGUGUUGGUGGCCUUCAGCCGGAACCUCCACUCCCCCAUGUACUUCUUUCUCCAGCAGCUGUCCCUCACUGACCUACUGGGGUCCUCAGAUAUUGGUCCCACCCUGCUCCAAACUGUAAUAAAUAAUGGAGCUACAAUGUCUUUUUAUGGCUGUUUAACACAACUCUAUUUUUGGGGUUGUUCAGGAAUUUUUGAGUGUUUGCUCCUAGCAGUAAUGGCCUAUGACAGAUACGUGGCCAUCUGCAUCCCCCUGAGAUACACUUCUAUCAUGACCCACAGGGUUUGUACUAAAUUAGUUGUCAUUCCAUGGGCUCUUGGCUUUGGCAUCUCAGUGAUCACAGUGAAACUCACAGGGACACUAGAGGUCUGUGACCAAAAUACCAUUAAUCACUUUUUCUGUGAUGUUUUCCCUCUUGUAGAACUUUCCUGCUCAGACACAUUCUCACUGCAAAUAGAAGCAUUCUUUCUAUUUGUCCCCAUAAUUGUUUUCCCAGUUGUAGUCAUAAUUGUAUCAUAUAUGUGUAUUGCCCAUGCAAUCCUAAAGAUAGUGUCCCAUACCGGGAGGCAAAAAGCCUUCUCCACCUGCAGCUCCCACUUGGCCGUGGUCUCCAUGUUUUAUGGGACUAUAAUUGCUAUUUAUGUGGUUCCCCCAAGAAAAGAUUUACAGACCAUAAGUAAAGUUCUCUCUCUGUUAUACACUGUAGGGACCCCAUUGGUUAACCCACUGAUUUACAGCUUGAGAAAUAAAGACCUAAAUAUUGCCCUUAAAAACCUCAAAGUUAAUUGA